AUGCAAAAAGCACCGACGGCAGGACUCGAUCCCAAGAUCGUUCAGGCGCUGCCGACUGUUACUUUCUCCCGCGAAAAGCUUCGCGAAGGCUGCUGCGAAAGCUUUCGCGAGUGUGCGGUGUGCCUUGGCGAGUACGAGGACGGGGAAUGUAUAAAGACGCUGCCCUCCUGCGGACAUAGAUUUCACGCGACAUGUAUCGACAUAUGGUUUUGCGCGCAUACCACGUGUCCCAUCUGCCGCUUCAACCUGAAACCCCCGAAACUCCCGGCCCAGCAAGAAGACUCUCAAGGUCCGGCGACGGAUGCAGGCGAUCCAGGCGAUGCAAGCGAGAGAAUUGCGACGGCUAACGACGAGGAGGAUCCGUCGGCAACUGUGACAGAGACGAGUUUGGGUGACUCGAGGAGGAGGGAGGAGCUGCGGCGAUUUCUAGGGGUGACAGAUGAGGAGGAAGAUUCAGGGUUGAAAGAGGGGAGGGUUGAUUGGGAGUUGGCGUUGGGAGGAAGGGAGAGCAGCGGAGGGGACAGAUUGUGUGUCAGAAUAGAGGUUUAA